AUGCGGCUAGCCUUGCCCCGUUAUGCAUGCUGCGCCCGUGAGCAUGUGGGCGACCUUUCCGCCGCCUGCUCCCUUAUCGCGCGCUGCACUACGUACGUAGAGCGGCGGCUGGGCGUCGCGCAGUACGUGUUGCUAGCGCGCCGCCGUCCGCCGUCUGGCUCACCUCCGGUGCAGCUUUUGCCGCCGUCGCUGGCGCAGCAGUACAUUUUCUCUUUCAACAACCGUCGCACGCCCGCCUUGCCUGGGCUGGCAGUAUUAGUGUUGGUUGUGGCUGUGGUGCUGGCCACUCUGGGCCUGGUGACGUGCGUCGUGAGCCACUACCGAACGACUGGCGGUGGCCUGGGGGGGCGCGCGCGCUCCUGGCACAAGAGUGAGCCACCGCCCCCCGCCCCCGCCGGCCCACCUGUACCUCCACCUGCCCCCAUGGUGGUGGGGAUGGAACGGUUGAGCCGCGAGCUGCGGGACAGACAGGUACGCCUCCACUCGGUCAGUACAGACUUGGAAUUGGGACUGCCACCAAAUAUUGCCUUACCAGAUGGGGAGGAACUCCCUUAUGGCAGUUCGACACGACUGAAAAUUCGGGACCCGGAGCAGGAGAGUGAAAUCUACCAAAAGUGCAUCCGGCCGCCUCCAAACCGAACAGUGUUCGAUGGGGAAUCGCCACCCCCUUAUCGGUCAAGCUCGACAGGUCUCCUUGGAGGUGGUGGGGACUGGGCGUCUACGCAUGUCGUACGAUGCCAUAGCUUGUCAUCGGCAGGUUUGCCAUGUACCACACCUGCUGUUGUGGUUCCAUCCACCGCGUCUGCUGUGGCCACCCGUGCACGGCGACUUUCUGCCUUCUCAGACUCGCCCGUCCCCGUUGCUGUGUCCGAUCUGACACUGGUGCCCUGCCGGACCGAAGGCCGGCGGACUCCGCCAGGGGGCCCAGCGCAGUAGUCUGCAUCGACAGUGUGCUGUCAUGUGUCAUAUGUUUCGGGAUUGUGUGCAGUGUGUGAAUGGGUCAUCUGACACUGAUGCGUGUAAAAAUAUAUAUAUGUGUAUGUAUAUGUAUAGAUUUAGCUAUCGUUUGAGAUCUCAAGGAGGAUGUAAUUCUGAAGGUGACCGAUGUGCAAGAGUGUAAUUGAUGAACAUGUGUAACAUUGUUGAGAGUAGUAGCUGCAUUUGACGAUGUACUGGGAUACAUUACUUUGUGAUAAUAAUAUAUAGUUUGUGGGCUGGUCAGCACACAUUACACAUGUGAUUCGAUAAAUCGUGUGUUAUUACAAUGCA